AUGCUAACGUCACCACUUCUGAAAGCUUCCCUGGCAUGGGAAGAGACGAAGGGUGAUGCCGAAAGACAGCAACUGAUUGCCGCAGCCAGUAAGCUGAUCAACGAACUGGAGAACCCAGCAGAGAAACUGGCGCGCAUUGGCUGGGGCGAACCAUCUAGGACAGCUGCGCUCCAAGCUGCGUUUGAGCUUGGUCUGCUUCAAAAGCUCAACGAAGAACCUAGGAAGGGUAGCGAGCUGGCAGAGGGGACUGGAGCAGAUCCGUUACUCGUCGGACGUAUACUGAAGCACCUUGCCGCCUACGCUCUCGUCAAAGAGACUGGAGUAGAUCAGUAUGCAGCAACGCCUUUCACGUACGCGACGUCCGACCCAACACUCAGGGGAGGGCUGAUCUACAGCUUCGACGGCAUGAUUCCUACCUUUCACAACCUGCCCUCUUUCCUAGCCAAAACGGGCUAUAGAGUACCCAGCGAAAACGGUGAUGGUCCUGUUCAACAUGCUCUCAAGAUCGACAAGCCUUUCUUUGCCAUUUUACAAGAGAGUGCUAGAUUAGGAAGCGCCUUCAACGAUUUCAUGGCUGGCUACGGCAAAGCGCGUCCAAGCUGGGUCGACUACUACCCGGUCCAGGAACGCCUCAUCACCGGUUCCUCGCAGGACAAACCACUUCUGGUCGAUGUUGGCGGCGGUCUGGGUCGUGAUAUCUCGCACUUCAACGCUACAUUUCCAGACGCAGCAGGCGCUUUAAUCCUCCAAGACACACCUUCCGUCGUCACGCAGGCUCGUUCAUCUACGCCACCUCUUCCCUCGGCCAUCACUGCGAUAGCUCACGAUUUCUUCACUCCGCAGCCAGCCUCUGCUCACAACGCUCGCGCAUACUACCUGCAUCUCGUUCUUCACGACUGGGAUGACGCAUCGUGUCAUACGAUCCUCGGCCACAUCCGCGACGCGAUGAAGCCAGGACACUCGAAGCUUCUUAUCAACGAGAAUGUGCUGGAGGACGUUGGCGCACCGUGGCAGCAGACUAGUCUCGACUGGACUAUGAUGGCGAUGUUGGUUAAUCGGGAGAGAACGAAGAGUCAAUGGAGUGCGUUGUUCGAGUCAGUCAGGCUGAAGAUUGCUGGUAUAUGGACGAAAGAUAUGAACAGUGAGAGCAUCAUUGAGGUUGUUCUGGCUGAAGAUUAG